AUGAGGUCAACCAUUGCCCGACUCAUUCAAUUUGUUCAGAACUUGAAGAGACCCUGGCACUUCUAUCAUUUUUAUCUUGAGCCAGACUCGCUAUCGACUUUUGGCUCUGCCAUUUUCACCAGGGAUAAGGAUCAUGCGACCCUAUAUACGAAUUAUGAUCCACCGCCCAAUGAGCAACUGUGCUCCAUACUGUGGAUGAAGAGGGCCUCAGAGCUGAAAGAAGAUCUGGCGGAAGAUGAGUGGUCUUCUGUUGAAGUGGAAGAGAUGGUUCAGGACAAGAAGCCCAAGUCACGCGUGGGGGGUCGAGGGCGCUAUGCCUGA